AUGGCCGGGAGUGGUGGUGGGCUCCCUGGUGCGCCGGGGGACGGCGUCCCUGGCGGUGGUGGACAGCAGCAGCAGCCCCAGGGCACCGAGUACACGCUGCAAGGCGUCAUGCGCUUCCUCCAGACGGAAUGGCACCGGCACGAGCGAGACCGCAACGCGUGGGAGAUCGAGCGCGCAGAGAUGAAGUCUCGCAUCGGUCGCCUGGAAGGGGACGUGCGGACCAGCAAACGGCUGCACGAGUCGCUAAGCAAGCAUGUCCGGAUGCUGGAGUUGGCGCUGAAGAAGGAGCGCGAGAAGGUCCGCAUCCUGACCAACGGCGAAAAAUUGGACGAUUACCGCGACCCCAAGGAGAUCGCCAAGGAGAGUCUGAAGAACCUCCGAGAGAACUCACGUGCCAAGUCUAACAAUACCUUCCUCGAUACCGAUACCGAGGCCGAUGACCUCAACCAGUUCGAUAUCCGCCACGAUGCUGAACGGGAGAAGUCUCGCGUGUUUCUGAACAAGUGCGCGCAGGAAGUCGCCUACCAUGUGAUUCCCGCCUCGCACCCCCCGCCCGAUCUCACCGAUCAGGACCUCCAGGGGAACCUGUACGGGAACCAGCAGAUGCCCCAGCAGAGUCUCGACGACGUCUAUCUCCAGCAGAGACAGAAGCAGCAGCAGCAACAGCAGCAGAACAACAUGAUGGUCCGAGAGGCGGCUCUGCAGAACCACCAGCCCAUGAUGUCCAACUACGCUGAGAAUGGCGGAAUGGGCCGUCCGAUGGCUUCAGUCGAGCGCAGGAACUUUGAGACUCAGCAGACCCCGCUGACGGCGAUCGACAACAGGAAGCAUGCCAUGGAGCCCGCCGCUGACAGCGAUGAUCGUGCUGAGGCGGGAAAACAGACCUUGGAUCCCUAUGGUCGCCAAAUGCCUGUUGAGGAGGAUUCUCGGCCGCAGCAGCGCCAGACGGAGGAUGCCCCAGAGGAUCCAGACGGGUGGAAUUUCGAUGACACAUCCAGUCAGGAGACGCAGUUGGAGAGCAUUCCUCCCCGCCGACCGGACACCGACGCCUUCCCCAACGCGAACUUCGUAUCUCCGCCCCGGGGAUCUCACCGCCGAAAGAGCUCGGGGUCCUCCCGGCGCAAGGAUGGCAGUUCGGAGACCAGAGACGUCACGGGAGCCGCACAGCAGAAGACGGAUUCCACCUUCAAGGUCCGGUUCGCGCUCCGCGGUCACCUGGACGUGGUGCGACAAGUCAUCUUCACUGGCGGCGGUAGCCCAUCUGAGCCCGAGAUCUGUACCUGCAGUGAUGACGGCACGAUCAAGCGGUGGAUCCUUCCGGCAUCGUACGGCAGCAGCGGUAGCACGACGGCAAACGACCUUGAUAUUACGAGCUACUUCACGCAUCGGGGCCACGUUGGCGCUGUGACUGCGCUGGCGGCUUGCCCUGCGUCGCCGAAUUUCUCCAACGGGGGUCGUGCACUGGGUGAUGGCUGGGUGUUCUCUGGCGGACAAGAUGCCAGCGUGCGUGUCUGGGAGCGCGGCCGGGUCGAUCCGAAAGCCACCUUGGAUGGGCAUACCGAUGCUGUCUGGGGGCUGUGCGUCUUACCGGGCACUGCGGGAUCCGUGUUUGGCGAUCGAUGCAGCAACUACGGAGGACCCGAUCGCAUCCUGCUGGCGUCGGGGGCUGCUGACGGCCGGAUCUUGAUCUGGGCUGUGAGCGCGCCGCCUCAAGUGACGUCCCCUCAGCCUGGUGCACGCCGGGGCGCUGGCAGACGGGCCAAUUCGAUAUCGUCUGGAUCCAACUUCCCAUCGUCACCGCAGCCGAGCACUGCAACGAGCACGCCGUUUCAUUACACACUUGUGCAUCACAUCAUGCGCCCCGAUUCGCCUUCUCCCACGUGCAUCAGCCCGUUGUCGCUGGCCGGCGUGAACUUUGUGGUCUCGUACACGGAUGCGUCGAUCUUGGUUUACGACACUAGGACUGGCGAGGAAGUGGUUGGGAUGGCUAGUCUCGAGACCUACGAUGGCACACCCUCGACGGGAGUGAACUCGGUGGUGACGAGCACGAUCGGAUUCGAUGGCACGGCCAAUCUGGAUCCGAACCGGGCGUUGACGGAGGAGGAAGCCGUGGUGCAUGGGGCUACGGGCACGAGCGGGGGUGUCGAGGGAGUGAUUAUCAGCGGCUACGAGGAUCGAUACAUUCGAUUUUUCGAUGCCAACAGCGGCCAAUGCACCUACACCAUGCUGGCGCACCCCGCUGCCAUCUCGUCGCUGUCUCUGUCGCCUGAUGGCCGGGAACUGGUAUCAGCCGGGCACGACGCGAGCCUGCGGUUCUGGUCGCUGGAGAAGCGCAGCUGCACGCAGGAGAUUACGAGCCAUCGGGUGAUGCGGGGCGAGGGUGUGUGCUCUGUUGUCUGGAGCCGCGAUGGCCGCUACCUAGGUAGUUCAUCUACCCAGUUAUCUACCUAUCUAGGUACCUACCUAGGUACUUCCGUACCUCCCUACCUACCUAAGGCUAGUAGUCAUAUUAGAUAG